AUGAUUAGUUCCAACAACAAAAUGCAUGUCAAAUACACCCAUUCAGAUCCUAGUCAGUUGGAACGCUCAUAUCCGAAGCUAGCACCCAGGUCCAUUUUGCAAUUUAAAAUUGGUCCGCCAUUUGGUACUACAAUUGAAGUUUCGCCGCUUUUCAUUAAAUCUUCAGACUUGAAAUUGAACCCGAGAAUCCUGGCACGAAUAGAUAGGGGAUUCGAUUUUGAGGAUAAUAAGUGGGUUGGGUACAAACGUAACUAUUUUUCCUUGGUGACCACUUUUCUGUUUGAAGAACUCAGACCAAGCGUUUCAGUACUUCAGGAGCAUGGAUUCUAUUUAACAACGAUGGGAGAAUGUCACGAUAUCAAGAGGUUUGCAUUGAGGUUAGUUAGUAGAAAUGUUGAGGAUAAUAGCGAAGUCGCUUUAAUUCAACAUACAGCAAAGAGAACUAUAGGCGUCACUCCAUCAAUUAUUCACUGCAUUCCUGGAUCAUUACCAAGUCAUUCAGCAAUCAAACAAGGUUUUAAUGUCAGGAAUGGUGCAAAAGUGGAAAGGAUGAAACAAAUGUUUGUCACAAAGUACAGUCAGAUAGAUAUAAAGACUCAGGAUUCCGUUUUAUACGGAUACCCAAAAGGUGAACCGUUUAUCACAACAGCAAACUAUGAAAGAAUACAAUUCACAGCAUCAGUUGGAAGACGUAGGUCAUCUGAAAAGAAUGGGGUCAUAAUCCAGGUUCAACUCUUGGCUGAAUUGAAAGAAAAGGGAAGGUUUGCAAUUGUUGCUGUUGCAAACACCCCACCACUUACUAUAAGGGGGAGGUCACCAUCUUCGUACCCAAAAGCGAAACCACAAAUCCCAUUGCAACAAGUCGACAACGUCAAUAGUUUUUCAAACAUCCCACGUUAUGUUCCUUCUCCGUUAAGUCAAGGUUUGUACCAUUUCAACCAAGAAAAUCAAGUUCCCUAUUCAGAUGGGUCCCUCAAUUCAAAAAAUGCGUUCGAGUCGGGUAUUUACUCCAAACGGUCAUCAUCUAGUUCAUCAAGCUCAAACGAAAGCAAAUCUGGAUUCAAUGACAUUACCUUUUUUAACACAAUUGACAAGCUAACCCGGAUGGACCCAUUAUAUCGCUUAACGGGAGAAGAAUUAAGCGAGCACUUUAGUUCCUCGAGCUUUUCUCGUGAUUAUUUCACGUACAGUGAAGGCAAUUCCGACAUUACACCUUUGCCAGACAAAUCCGACAACUCUUGUGUUGUUCCUGAAUUGAUCUUCAGAGACUUGAUUUAA